AGAUUUAACCUUUAUUGGUGUGUCUGGACAAGUGGCCAUAGUUGAACACUCAAAGAAUCAACAUUAUUCCACAUCCAGAGAGAUGAAGCCAUCAACACCACACUCCAUCUGGCCCUCACCCACCUGGACAAAAAGGACACAUAUAUUUGAAUGCUGUUAAUAGACUUCAGUUCAACAUUCUACACAGUCAUUCCUCAGCACCUGAUUGGAAAGCUGAACCUGCUGGGCCUGAACACCUCCCUCUGCAACUGGAUCCUGGACUUCCUGACUGGGAGACCUCAGUCAGUUCGGAUCGGGAACAGCAUCAACAACACCACCACUCUGACCACUGGGGCCCCCCAGGGCUGUGCGCUCAGUCCACUGGUGUUCACUCUGCUGACUCACGACUGUGUAGCAAUGCACAGCUCGAGCCACAUCAUCAAGUGCACCGAUGACACGACCGUGGUGGGUCUCAUCACCAAGAACAAUGAGUCAACAUACAGAAAGGAAGUGCAGCGGCUAACGGACUGGUGCAGAGCUCCAUUGGGGUCUCUCUUCCUUCCAUCACAGACAUUUACACCAGACUCUGCAUCUGCAAAGCCACCAGCAUUGUGGCUGACCCCACGCACCCCUCACACAAAAUCUUCACCCUCCUACCGUCUGGCAAAAGGCACCCAAGCUUUUGGGCCCUCACGGCCAGACUGUGUAACACAAAAUGUGUGCUCAUAUUUGAUAAUGUUUAAUCCUCAAUGUUACAGAGGUAUGGAACCCAUAUAGUGCAAAAGUACCCAGUAUCUCAGUAAAAGGCUUGCUGACAGGAACUGUGUGCAUGGGACACUGAGGCCCAAAAGUGACCUAUAUGACCUUGUGUUUUCUGUGUAAGGUGGGAAAGGAGGAACAAGCUGUUCCUUUAAGUGAGUUAGGCUUCCUUAAACAAUAAGAUAAGCAUAUGGGGUAAUAUGGAAACAAGAUACAUGGGAAUAUUGUGUCUUAUUAAAAACAGGAUGUAGAAAUAUUUUCAUGUAAAUGUAUAUACGAAUGCACAAAACACCCCUGCUCUCUAGAGUGAUCUUUGCACCUUUGGUUAAUCUUCGUUCAUUGCUACAACAGCCAUCAGACUCCUCAAUACUCAGAGACUGAACUGACAACAGACAUAUACUCAUACUCAACUGAACUCCAUCCCACUCUCUUUGCAAUUGUUUGCACAUUUCUGUAUUUACUACCUACAUUUUGUUUUAUUAUCUUAUUAGCUUAUUAGCUUAUCUACCGAAUACUAUGUCAUAGUACGUUAUGUUUACAUUCACAGCAAUUUUUUAUAUUGUUAGUCUUUUGCACUACUUUCUGACACUUUCAUACUAGAACUGUGUACUGGUCGGGGCUGCACUGUCUCCUACUGUGCCUAUUGUCCUGUUUUAGUAGUUAUUGUACUGUCUUAUGCUGUUGUGCACGUUUGCAUGUGCACUUUAUGUAGUUAUGUGUCUCUUGCAGGUCUGUGUUGUUUUAUGUCCUGGAGAAACCUCGUUUCGUUUCACUAUGUACUAACUAGUGUAUAUGGUUAAAAUAACAACAAAGCCAUUUGACUUGACUUGUUUUCACACCCAUUGAAGUAGAUGAGCUUGCAAAUUUCCAAGCAUUAUCACAAUGUUUUCACAUCCGUCAGAGUAGUUGACA